UUUUUUUCCUUUCACAUCUGCCGCGUGGCCCUACCAGUCAGUCAAGGGCUUUGUCUCUUUACUAUCUGUCGCCUUCGUCUCAGGCCGCCUCGGCCGACCACCACGCCACGCCAUGCCACGUCACCCCCAUCCAGCCCACAGCCCUUCUGAGCCUUCUCUGUUCUCUCCCAACAUAUAUCAACCCCCCUGCAUCUCUUCUUCUUCCCCCUCAGCUCAGCUCAAGGCAACACAAGCCUGUCCAGCGAACGGCCGCUCGCAGACUCGUCCGGGCGAACACACAGGAUGCUCUCCGCCAUGAUGCAGCAGCAGCAGCGCACGGCCUCCGCCUCCGCCUACGCUUACACGCCGCCGCCUCUGCCGUCGGCGUCGGCGUGGCAAGGCCUUCCGUCGCCGCCGUCCUACGAGGCGCCGGCGGCGCACCAGCAGCAGCAUCGGCCGCGGCGGGCGGCGACGAAGCGGCGGCCGCGCCCGUCGCGGCGGACGCCCACGACCUACAUCCGCGCCGGCCCCGCCGAGUUCCGUCGCAUGGUGCACCAGGUCACCGGCGCCGACGACAUCGACCUCCUCCUCAACCCCCCGCCUCCGCCUCCGCCGCAGCAGCAGCAGGCGGCGGCGCAGCCGCUGCGCCGCCUCCCGUGCCGCCCCGCUCCCGUUCCCGCGGCGGGGGCGCUGAUGCUCCCGACGCUGGACACGUCGGCCUCGUUCCUGCUCGCCGGCGGCGGGUGCAGAGCCAGGACGCCGGCCGCGGCGCCGACGGAGGCGCCCCCGCCGCCGCCGGCUUCCGAAGGCUCGCUCGAUCUAGACGACGGCGGCGCUGGGUUCCCGACCUUGGAUUCGUGGGAUCUUCUCUGAAAUCCCAAAUUCACAACCCCCUGUUCCUCCUCCUCCUCUCUUUCUGCCGCCUGCUUCCGGCCGGCUGUGCAAGAGACUCUGGUGGUAAUUUAUUGGAGCGUAAUUUAUCAUCGCAAAUCACGACCUCCGCUCGUCCAUCUGGUUGUUAAUCCGAGCUUAAUCAUUUCAAACAAACUCUCGCGCUUUCCAA